GAUUUUCCACAGCUCAAUGUCCCUUAUAACAUGGAGCAAAUUAUGGCACCCUUUCCCCUUCUAUUCCACCUCUCUUCUUCCAUUUAUUUCCUCUUCCACCAAACAAACAAAACAAACCCUUUUUUUCCUAAAUUAAACUGCACUAUUAUUACAAACAUUUUAUGUUCAACUACUAACAUUUUUGCCCUAAUUUAGACAUAUGAGAUGGAGAUUGAAUCAGUGAAGUGUGAGUGUUGUGGUCUGAAAGAGGAUUGUACUCAAGAUUAUAUCACUGAAGUUAAGACCAAAUUUAACGGUAAAUGGCUCUGUGGGCUAUGUUCUGAAGCAGUUAGAGAUGAAGUGAGUAGAGGUAAGAAGCAGUUUGGUAUGGAAGAAGCAGUGAGAGCUCACAUGUCUUUUUGUGGUAAAUUUAACUCUAAUCCUGCUGUUGGAGUUGCUAAUGGUAUGCGGCAGAUGCUUCGAAGAAGGUCGGGUGAUUUGUCAUCGCCUUCUUCUUCUUCGCCUUCUUCUGCUAAAAAAUUCGGUAGAUCAGCGAGCACGAGACUCUACUGAUGGCUUAUGAUGCACGGAAACUUUGAAAAAGCUGUGUUUUCCACUAAAACUUUGCGGAGACUGUGUUUUUUCAUUUUGGAAAUGUUUUCGCAUCCGAAAUUCCCCCGGAAAGAUGAAAUUUUUUGGACUUUGAACUAAGAAAGAUGAAAAUGAAAAGGGCUUUUCCUUUGCUGAUAUUUUAAUUAUGGAAUUUUUCUUGUAUUUGUACAGGCUCAAAUUAAGGAGGUUUCUUUCUUAAUUUUA